AUGGAUGUGAUUGGAACGCUGGGGCUCGAUACACUCACGUUCCUGGUGGCCACCGUCAUUGUCAUCCCCUUCUUCCGCAGCUUCAAAGCCAGCCCGAUUCUCGGCUUCCUGCUCUCAGGCGUAGCUCUCAACCAGCUGGGGCUCAUCCGCAACAUCUCGGAUGUCAAAGCACUCUCGGAACUCGGAAUCCUCUUCCUGCUCUUCGAGAUGGGGCUGGAGCUGUCUAUCGAGCGACUGAGGGCCCUUGCCAAGUUUGCCUUUGGCAUGGGCCUGCCGCAGGUGCUCCUCACCACGCUCGCCUUUGCAGCGUUUGAGCUCCCUCCCGACCAUGCCAUCGGCACCCGCAUGCUCGAGUGGGCUGCCUCUGCCCGCCCUGACCUGGUGAACAUCCGGUCAGUGGACGAGGCAAUAGUGAUCGGCGCUGCUCUCUCACUCUCCUCCUCCGCUUUUGUGCUUCAGCUGCUCUCAGAGAAGGGAGAGCUUGCCACCCGCCUGCUCUCAGAGAAGGGCGAGCUUGCCACCCGCGUGGGCUCAGCCACUCUUGGGAUUUUACUGCUGCAGGACAUAGCGGUGGUGCCUCUGUUGGUCAUCCUCCCUAUCCUUGAGAGCGGGGUGAGUGCUUCGUCGCAGCCAUCGGAUGCGGCUUUUGAGAUGGUGGUGGUGAGCGGGACGUCUCAAAACACUCCUUCUUUCACGUCUGACAUAGCAGCAACCCCAUGCAUGUGUUUUGAGACGUCUCAAAACACUCCUUCUUUCACGUCUGACAUAGCAGUAACCCCAUGCAUGUGUUUUGAGACGUCUCAAAACACUCCUUCUUUCACGUCUGACAUAGCAGCAACCCCAUGCAUGUGUUUUGAGACGUCUCAAAACACUCCUUCUUUCACGUCUGACAUAGCAGUAACCCCAUGCAUGUGUUUUGAGACGUCUCAAAACACUCCUUCUUUCACGUCUGACAUAGCAGUAACCCCAUGCAUGUGUUUUGAGACGUCUCAAAACACUCCUUCUUUCUCGUCUGACAUAGCAGCAACCCCAUGCAUGUGUUUUGAGACGUCUCAAAACACUCCUUCUUUCACGUCUGACAUAGCAGUAACCCCAUGCAUGUGGCCUGGGAGUGCUGCUCUACAUGGGCCGGUGCUGUCCCCUUACCUUAGUCCUUCCCCUUGUCUCCUCCCCAUCACCCUCCCCCUGCCACCCCUCCCCUCAACAGGAUUUCACAGAAGACAGUCUAUUCCCUCUGCUCGCAGCAGCGGGACUCAAGUCCCCGCUGGGCCUGGGCUUGCUGCUCUACUUUGCCUGGCACUACCUUUCACACCCACCAACACCCUCCCCUCUCCCUCCCUUUCUGCUUCCCCACAGGAUUUUACCGACGGCAGGCAGUCUAUUCCCUCUGCUAGCAGCAGCAGAGGGGCUCAGGAUUCCACGGACGACAGUCUAUUUCCACUCCUCGCAGCAGCGGGGCUCAGGAUUUCACGGACGACAGUUUAUUCCCCUUGUUGGCAGCAGCGGGCCUCAAGUCUCUCCUCGGCGUGGGCGUGCUGCUCUACACCAGGGCCGGCUCUCUUCCUUACACGCCCACCAACAACCCUCUCACCUCUACCUCUCCUUGUGCUUCCCCAACAGGAUUUCACAGACGACAGUCUAUUCCCGCUCCUCGCAGCAGCGGGCCUCAAGUCCCUGCUGGGCCUGGGAGUGCUGCUCUACAUGGGCCGGCUCUUUCUCAGAAGGUUCUUCGAGUUUGUGGCUGAGUCGCGCAGCACAGAGGCCUUUGUGGCGCUCUGCCUCUUGACAGUCACAGGAACGUCCCUUAUCACAAGCAAAUUAGGAUUCAGUGACUCGCUCGGAGCGUUCUUGGCAGGAGCGUUGCUGGCAGAGACCAACUACCGCACGCAGGUCGAGGCAGACAUUCGUCCCUUCAGGGGUCUGCUGCUGGGUCUCUUUUUCGUCACCACUGGCACAUCCAUUGAUCUCAGCCAGCGGAGUGGCCCAACAUAUUGCUCCUCCUCGCCGGCCUCAUUGCCAUCAAGACCGCCAUCAUCACGGCUCUCGGCCCGCGGGUCGGCCUCUCCCUCCCCGAGUCCAUCCGCACGGGCUUGCUGCUGUCCCAGGGAGGAGAGUUCGCCUUCGUCGUCUUUGCCCUCGCCAGCCACCAAGAAUCACAAUGGGCUCUGCCCCCCCCCCCAUAGUGACCCCAAUCGGCUGCUGAUCACCAUGCAGCCCUCUUAUCCACCCACUACCCCCUCUCUGUCUCCACGUGCCCUCUCUGCCUCCACGUGCCCUCUCUGCCUCCACAUGCCCUCUCUGCCUCCACGUGCCCUCUCUGCCUCCACGUGCCCUCUCGCCUCCACGUGCCCUCUCUGUCUCCACGUGCCCUCUCUGCCUCCACGUGCCCUCUCUGCCUCCACGUGCCCUCUCUGUCUCCACGUGCCCUCUCUGUCUCCACGUGCCCUCUCUGCCUCCACAUGCCCUCUCUGUCUCCACGUGCCCUUUCUGCCUCCCACGUGCCCUCUCUGUCUCUCUGUGCCAACCCCUUGCUGCCAGACUUGGUGUGCUUCCAGACGAGCUGAACCGGCUGCUGAUCAUCGUGGCCGUUCUCUCCAUGGCUCUCACUCCCCUCCACGACUCCCUGGGGCGAUCAGCAGUCUCUCACUUGCCCACUACCCCCUCUCUGCCUUACCCCUUCAACCCAAGCAGACUUGGUGUGCUUCCAGACGAGCUGAACCGGCUGCUGAUCAUUGUGGUGGUGCUGUCCCCUCCAUGGCUCUCACUCCCCUCCAUGGCUCUCACUCCCCUCCAUGGCUCUCACUCCCCUCCAUGGCUCUCACUCCCCUCCAUGGCUCUCACUCCCCUCUAUGGCUCUCACUCCCCUCCAUGGCUCUCACUCCCCUCCAUGGCUCUCACUCCCCUCCAUGGCUCUCACUCCCCUCCAUGGCUCUCACUCCCCUCCAUGGCUCUCACUCCCCUCUAUGGCUCUCACUCCCCUCCAUGGCUCUCACUCCCCUCCAUGGCUCUCACUCCCCUCCAUGGCUCUCACUCCCCUCCAUGGCUCUCACUCCCCUCCAUGGCUCUCACUCCCCUCCAUGGCUCUCACUCCCCUCCAUGGCUCUCACUCCCCUCCAUGGCUCUCACUCCCCUCCAUGGCUCUCACUCCCCUCCAUGGCUCUCACUCCCCUCCAUGGCUCUCACUCCCCUCCAUGGCUCUCACUCCCCUCCAUGGCUCUCACUCCCCUCCAUGGCUCUCACUCCCCUCCAUGGCUCUCACUCCCCUCCAUGGCUCUCACUCCCCUCCUCGACUCCCUGGGGCGAUCAGCAGCCCUCUCACCCAGCCACUCCUCCCCGCUUGCUCUCCGUCUUACCCCUUCAACCAGGCUGGGAGUCCUUCCAGACGAGCUGAACCGUCUGCUGAUCAUUGUGGUGGUGCUGUCAAUGGCUCUCACGCCCCUCCUCGACUCCCUGGGGCGAUCAGCAGCAGAGGCGCUGGAGAAGCGCGAGAGGGAGAAGCAGAAGGCGCUAGGGGGGGAGGAGGAGGAGAACGGGGAGGAGGGGUUGGAUGUGGUGGGAGGCGGUAAGAGGAAGGGGCGGAAGAAAGGCGGCGGAGGAGGAGGAGGAGGGCAUGGGGGUCACUAUGGGGGUGCGGAGCCGAUUGUUAUUCUUGGCUUCAACCACAUGGGGCAGGUGAGAAAUGGGGCAGGUGGGACGUGGGGCAGGUGGGGAUUGGGGCAGGUGAAACUUGGGGUGCUCGCCAACAUGCUAUCCACGCCGCUAGCCACCAUCUCAGGGGGUGUGCUGGCCAACAUGCUAUCCACGCCGCUAGCCACCAUCUCAGGCGGGUCAGGGGGAGAUGCCCCAGGAUGGCCAUUCGUGUGCUUCGACCUGAAUCCCAAUCGCGUCCGGAUGGGAAAGCGUCUCGGCUUCCCAGUCCUCUACGGUGACGGGUGCCGCCCGGCAGUGCUCGAGUCGGCCGGCAUUCCGCGUCCGCUAAUGGCCAUUGUGGUGUACUCGGGGCGGCAGCAGUCGGUGUCUUCUGUGGAAAGUUUACACAAUGCCUUCCCAGGGCUGCCCAUAUACGCCCGAGCAGUGGACGCGAGUCACCUGGCGGAGCUCCGAAAGGCCGGCGCCACAGGCGUGGUUCUGGAGAGUGCAGAGGCCGGCCUUCGACUGGGCUCCAUGCUACUCCAAGACAUGGGAGUGAUGCGAGAUGAUGUGGUGUUUCUGAGGCGACUCAUGCGAGAGGCUCUUGACACGGAGGCUGUCAACCGCCGCACGGGCCAGCGCUUGCUCAAGGACAGAUCUGAUCUGGGCGGAAGCUGGCCGGCCAAGGAGGAGAAUCUGGGCGGCAAGCGGGCGGCAAAGGAGGAUUUGGGCGGCAGCAGGGUGGGGAAGGAGGGAGAGGGUGGUAGAGGAGAGGAGAGUGACAGGGAAGGUGAUUCGAGUGGGGAUGAGAAGGGGGAGGAGGGGGGAGGUAAGGUGAGGGGUGGAGAGGAUGGGGAGAAGGUGGAGGGGAAGAUUGAGGAGGGGAGAAAGAGUGGUGAUGGUGGGUUGGCUGCGGUGAAAAACGCUGGGGAUAAGGUAAGGAGUGACGGCCUGAUUACACGGGCUCAAGCAAUAGAUGUAGCGGUUGGAUUUGUCAGUGAGGUGGAUGAGAAAGGGGACGCUGGUAAUAAUGGUGAUGAUGGUGAUGGUGAUGGUGAUGGUGAUGAUGGUGAUGGUGGUGAUACUGGUGCUGCUACACCCGCGGAAGGAAGUGAUGUGUUGAUUACAAGAGCCCAAGCACUCAAUGCAGCGGCGGCGUUCGUCACUAGUGAUGACGACAUCGGGGACGUUGGUACGAAUGGUAAUGAUGGUGAUGAUACUGGUGGUGAUGGUGUGUUGGAGGUGAAAGGGGAGCAACUAGAGGAGGCUGCAACCAGUAGGGCUGAGACUGCAAAAACGGUUUCUGGCAGCUUUACAGGCACUGCUAAUGUGAAGGAUGGUAAUUUUGGCUUGGAAAGGGUUAGCGGUAGUGGAGAAAGUGAUUCAGAUCUGGAGGGGUCCGGCAGUGAUGGCGUGGGAGGGGAGUCGUCCUUUUCAGCAAGCGACGAUGGGCUACAGUAUUUCUCUGAUGGUGAGGAUUUUAUUGACAUGAAGCUAGGUUGCAACUCCAGUAGUGGUGGUACUUCUCUUGAGCAAUGA